GCCGUCUCCUAGUCUUUUUUCGGCCUUUCAUUUUUAUUUCUUAUAAAAUAAAUAUCUUUCCAUUCAUCUCUCUUCCUAUUUUCUUCGUGUCACUGUAUAUUCAUUUCGCUAUCUUCUUCAUCGUCUAUGGCUACUCAAGGUCAGGUCAUCAUUUGCAAAGCUGCCGUUGCCUAUGAGCCGAACAAGCCGUUAGUAAUAGAAGACGUACAGGUUGCUCCUCCUCAGGCUGGUGAGGUUCGGGUCCAGAUUCUCUUCACUGCUCUUUGCCAUACUGAUGCUUACACCUGGAGCGGCAAGGAUCCUGAGGGCCUUUUUCCCUGUAUCCUUGGUCAUGAGGCUGCCGGGAUUGUAGAAAGUGUUGGAGAAGGGGUGACUGAGGUGCAGCCAGGUGAUCAUGUGAUCCCUUGUUAUCAAGCAGAAUGCAGAGAUUGCAAGUUUUGCAAAUCAGGGAAGACAAAUCUUUGUGGCAAGGUACGUGCAGCUACUGGUGUUGGAGUCAUGAUGAAUGAUCGUAAGAGUCGCUUCUCAAUCAAUGGAAAGCCUAUCUACCAUUUUAUGGGCACCUCCACAUUCAGUCAGUACACAGUUGUACAUGACGUUAGUGUUGCAAAGAUUGAUCCAAAAGCUCCUUUAGAAAAAGUGUGCCUUCUUGGAUGUGGUGUUCCCACUGGUCUUGGAGCAGUUUGGAACACUGCAAAAGUGGAAGCAGGGUCAAUUGUUGCUGUUUUUGGCCUUGGUACAGUUGGCCUUGCGGUUGCAGAGGGAGCAAAAGCAGCAGGUGCCUCGCGUAUAAUUGGCAUAGAUAUUGAUAGCAAAAAGUAUGAUAGAGCGAAAGAUUUUGGAGUUACCGAAUUUGUGAAUCCAAAAGAUCACGAUAAACCAAUUCAGCAAGUCAUUGUUGACCUCACAGAUGGUGGUGUUGACUAUAGUUUUGAGUGUAUUGGAAAUGUUUCUGUGAUGAGGUCUGCUUUGGAAUGUUGUCACAAGGGCUGGGGGACCUCGGUUAUUGUGGGUGUUGCAGCAUCAGGUCAGGAGAUAUCUACUCGUCCAUUCCAGUUGGUGACUGGCCGUGUGUGGAAAGGAACUGCUUUUGGCGGUUUCAAGAGCCGCUCACAGGUGCCUUGGCUUGUAGACAAGUACAUGAAAAAGGAAAUUAAGGUGGAUGAGUACAUCACACAUAAUUUGACUCUUGUGGAGAUCAACAAGGCUUUCGAUUUGAUGCAUGAAGGAGAUUGCCUCCGGUGUGUGCUUAGCGUGCAUGACUAAAGUUAUCAGUUAAUGCCUCCCUAAGCAUUUUCGAAGGCUAGGUGUUGAGGCUUGUCUAGAGUUUUAUUUGUAAGCUUAUCUACUAUGGCCUGUGUUAAGUGUUUUGUAUAAUGGGGUCCAAUGCCCAAUGCCCCUGUUUUGGAUGAUAAGCGAGAACCUGUCAAAUGCAUAGAACUUACAUUUAUAAUAUGCGGUAUCCUCUAAUCAAGUCUCUUGAAUAAAGCUGGUGCUUUUACCUAA